CUAACUUCUUCCACCGAAACCUCCCUUCACGAAAUUAACCUAGCCUCUCCACCAAAACUCCAAAACUCAUCUCCGCCGAAACCAACCUUCACCCCUCCAUCCAUCGACCAACUCCCACGUCUCCACCGUCAGCCGGCCGGCCACCAUCCCUCAUUCUGUCUUCUCCAAUCAAGCAGAGACCCAACAUCAUCUUCUCGACGCCAACAUAAGUUGUUGUCUUCUUCUCUAUCUUCCUCCUUUCCUACAUCCGACCAACCACCUCCUCUCUAUCACCGCCGGUGGAGCUACUUACUCUCAUCUCUCCUGUUCAGGUUAGAAGAGGAGAGGCCAUAACUUCCUUUCAGCAGCCACCGCUCUUCCAUCCAUCAUCCGAAAACUUCUACUUAGGUUAGAGGAGGAACUGAAGCCUUCCCCUUUCUCUCUUCGGGUUAGAAGAGAGGAAGCUCCACUCCUACUUCCGGUAAUCCCCUCUUUCACCGACUCUUCUCUUCCUCAUCAAGCUCUGGAUUCAUUUUCACCACAUCACCACCUCUCCUCUUCUGGGUUAGGAAGAGGAAAGCUUUAUACCUACCACCGACAGCCCCCAUUCCCUCUCCACUUCCGGUUAGAAGUGGAGAGUUCAUUUCCUCCACUCCGGCAGCCCUUCAUCGUCUCCAAACAGCUUGCUCCACUCUGGCAGCCCUCCAUAUUCCAUCUUCUGGUUAGAAGAGGGGAAGAGGUCACUUCUAGACAACCACUACAUCUGAAGGGACCACUAGGAAAAACACCAAAUACCCAUUUCAACUGAUGCUCAAUUGAGAACAAUGCGAAAGGGAUCUGACGACCAUCUUGUUUUAAACAUCGAGUCUGGGUCUGAUCAUUCAAUUGCAGCAAAGUCUGAUGCUAAAGGUCUAGUGAAAAUAUUGAAGAAGUAUGACAAGAGAACAAGAGCACUUAUCAGGCAGCCCUUCAUCGAAAAGGUGUCACAGCAGCCAUUCUUUACAACUGAUCUCCUAUACAAACUCGUGAAGGAGUGUGUGGCUAUGCUCGACCAUCUCUUCCCCAGCAACAACCUGUCAAUUUCAGCAGAAUGUGAUGGACAAAAUGGAGUGCCAAAGCCGGCAUAAUCAGGUGGGAGGGUUCCGGAGUUGGAGGAGAUUAAAUAUAUGCAGAGCUUAUACAUGAAGAGCACCGUAGCAGCGCUGCGGUCCUUGAAACAGAUUAGGAGCAAAAGUUCAACAGUCAAAACAGAUUAG